GAGCCAGUAGCGGCUCGUAGCCAUUUUGGCUCAAGCCGUUCCCUCUGCUCGCUCUCGUGUUGGGCCCCGCGGGAGGCCGCAGAGUCGUGCGCGCUUGGGACAUGGCUGCGGACGGCUGCCAAGCUGCCCAUGUGGCGGCUGAGCAGCCUCGGAUGGCAGGUGCUGCCGCUUCUCUCUGGGCAGCGCGCCGUGCUCGCCAGGCGGCAGCGCGCGGCGCCGUCCAGGGGGAGCUGUCGACCUCCCUCGUGCGCGUGCAGGCGCUCGAGUCCAAGGCCUCGGACCCCGAGGCGGAACUCGUGCGCACGCGGGAGGUACUCGAGGCGGCGGCCCAGCAGGUUGUGGCCCUGGCGGGCGCUGGCGCGGCUGGGGAGGUGGGCGACUGGCUGGCUGGGGAGCUGGUUGGGCGGCUCGCCCUCGAAGCGCCGCUUCUCGCAGCGGGCGCGGCCGAGAAGCAGGGGAAUGUGGCUUCCCCGUGCGUGCCGACGCUGGGCAAGCAGAGGCGCAGGCGGGCAAGGCGGAAUUCAACGCCAUCCAGUGCAGUUCUGGGCGCCGCUUUCGUUCGACCGCAAGGCGGGGCCGCCGCGGCGGUCGACUACUUCGUGGUGCGGGUGCUCGUGGCCGUGCUCUUCCGUCACGCUGCUCUGCAAUCUGGAGGGCACAGGCGUUGCGUGCGCAGGCCGCUGUCGGCGACGGCGGCGCCCGCUCGCCGCGUGCCUUCCGCGCGCGCCGCGGCCGAUGUGGUGCCGCUGCGCUGGGCCCUGGCUUGCCGCCGUGGGCGCAGCCUGCAGCCAGGCACCGUCUGCGCGCUGCGAAGUGGGUCGGCGGGGGCGGCGACGACGGCGACGCUAGCCUUCUCGCGCUGCCCGCUGGCGAAGAUCCGCACCCAAACGACGCACUGGUCUCCUGCAUGUCCUCGGGCGUCGGUGGCAACGACGGCGACAGCUUCGGCGGGCUCUCCGGCCCCGAUGCGGCUGGAGGCGGAGACAGGGAGGGCGCAGGGGUCUGCCACACAGCCUGCACGACCUCCCUGCCCAUGCAAAGGUGUUCAGGCAUCGUGGACGGGUACCUUCGGACCAACGCUGCUGCGUUCCUCAACGGGGGCACUGACGGGCCAGAGGAUGGCAUGGGAGAGCUCGGGCACCAGCGUUCCUUGGAAGGCGGCGCCCUAGUCGACGCGGAGGAGGCCAUGAUGCUGGAGGUCGGCGGCAGGCAUUGGAGGCGCCCCCUUUCAGUGGGGAGGAGGCCACCUCAAGCGGGGCCGCGCGGUUGCGCGUGCUGCAGCGGCACGUCCGCGGCAGCGUCGGUGCCUUUCCCGACGCUGACCGUCUCUCUCAAGGCCAGCUGCUGAGCGAGGUGGCAUCGCUCCUCGGCGUCGAUAGGGCUCCCUUCUCCCAGUCGAGCAAGGCGAGGCUCAGGAA